GUUCUGUAACACCUGCUCGACAGGUACUGCCAGGAGCUUACAACGACACUCAAAAGGCUCACUGUCACUCUGGUCCCUCCCAUUCUCGCAGCCCCUCCAGUUUUGCUGGCCUGAGAUGGGAGCACACGCAGCUGCACCAUCAAGGCUGAAGAAACGAGAGAAAUCUGGAGGAAAAGAGCGUUUAAAACAACGAUACAUCUCUCAAGCCGUGGAAUAAAAAUGGGAUAACAGGAGGAUUGGUUUACUUCCACCGGAUCCUAGCAGCUUGAUCGCUUUCCUGGGAGAAAUUCAGAUGUUGUCGUCGCUUGUGUUUUGCGCUUUUUAUUCAUUCUCCUUGAGCGCUGCUGGUACAAAGGCGCUCAGUCCGGAGCAGCACCUGGGAUUACAUCCGUAUGAAUGGGCGAGAGUGAAGAGAGCCUUUGUCACGAACAUACACAGACGGUAAACAUAAACAGUGAGUAAACAUAGGAGGAUUAAAACACUUUCUUUCUUUUCUCUUCCUCUCUCUCUCCCUGGAAACUGGUGCCAUCCCAUGAGGACAGAUGCUGUCAUUGUGUCGAGGCUGAGAUUAUAAAAGAAAAAAACAGUCUCCGUCUGAAAGUGGCCUUUUCUGGAAUAAUGUACGAGAAAACCAGGCUCUAUCACAGCUUUUUAUUCCUUUUCAUGCCUCACUUAUUCCCUCUGACUGAACAUCCAGGUUCUCUUGUUCAGAAUGGGAUGUAUUGUUGCAUCUGCGCAGCCCACGACAAGUGUCAGCAAUUAGACUGUGUGUUUCUGAACGGGCUACCGAAAGGCUUGUUAUAAAUAUUGCCACUUCUUUCUAACUGUAGGUGGCCAUCAUUGUCUUUAAGGAUUUUUUGGUGAAGCAGACUUGAAAGUGCCCUUUGGCAUCCUUCACCCAGCUUGUGUGAACCAGGGUCUGUUACAGGAAUAAAUCAGGCACAACAUGGUGGAGCCGGUGGGUUUCAUUGAGGCGUGGAAGGCACAGUUCCCAGAGUCCGAGCCCCCCAAGAUGGAGCUGCGGUCGGUGGGGGGGAUCGAGCAGGAGCUGGAGAAAUGCAAGGCAUCCAUUAGGCGCUUAGAGCAGGAGGUGAACAAGGAGCGCUUCCGCAUGAUCUACCUGCAGACCCUCCUGGCCAAGGAGAGGAAAAGCUAUGACAAGCAACGGUGGGGUUUCAGAAAGACCCCCCUGAAUGAGGGGGUGGACCCUGCGGCCACACAAGGAGCGGAGUGCCAGUCUCAGCAGCCACACAUGCAGGAAACUGGUGGAGUUGGAGUGAUAGUUGGAGGUGGAGGGUGUAUUCCUCUUGGUAGUGGAGGUGAUCGGAGCCGAUAUCAGCCCCUUGACGGAUCUGGAAGGUCCAAACCCAGACCUCCACCAGCCAGGAAGUCAGCAUCCCACGGAGAUGGUCUGGAGUCAGCUUUUGAGGUGCCCCAGCAGGCUGAGUCGACCUCUUGUGACAACCUCGAUGGCCUCUCUCCGUCCAAACAGAGAAGCAGUCUCACUGUUUCCCCCCGCCGGCCUAACCUUCCACCCCCAGAUAAGGACCUGCCGUCUGACCCCAAGGACAAAAUGGGGAUGGGACUUGGCGUAGCAGCUCUUCGAUCUAACUUUGAGAGGAUCAAAAGGGCAAACUCUCACUCUGCAGGCGAUGUAGCAAAGGGCCAGGAGAAGCAGCUGCCGCCGCCGCCACCAUUCUACACCAACAUGGAGUUCCACCACGAGAGGGGUCUGGUCAGGGUCAAUGACCGCGAUGUCUCCGACAAGAUCAGCUCCCUGGGCAGCCAGGCCAUGCAGAUGGAGCGCAAAAGAUCCCUUCACUCCCUCCCAGGUAAUCUAGCAACAGUUGCAGGGGAGCUCCGUGCCAGGCCGGUGUACAGAGGUCGAUCCACUGAGAGCACCUGUGGUUACGACGCAGAAUAUGAAGAUGGGGAACCAAACCAGCGACAUUCAGGGAGGGCUAAUGGGGGCAAACCUCCACCCCCUCCGUGGCAGCCCUCUGAGUUCCAAGCCUACUCCAGCGUCUACGUUGGUGGUGUGAUGAUGGGCGAAGGUGGCGGAGGUGACGGGAGAGGUAGUGGUGGAGGCAGCAGUGGAGUCACAAUGAGAGACAUUGGCGGAGGUGAUGACCACCUCCUGACCUGGCCGCGUCGUUCCUACUCCCCAGGCAGCUUUGAGGAUGUCGGCGGAGGUGGCGGUUACACGCCAGACUGCAGCUCCAAUGAGAACCUAACAUCCAGCGAGGAGGACUUCUCCUCAGGCCAGUCCAGCCAUGUCUCCCCCAGUCCUACCACUGCCUUCCGUCGGCCCUUUAGGGAGAAGAGCCGCUCGCCGUCCCAAAACUCCCAGAACUCGCAGCACUCCUUCGACAGCAGCAGCCCUCCAACCCCGCAGUCCCAGAAGCGUCACCACCGACAGCAGGGUCACGUUGUCAUGUCUGAGGCCACUAUUGUGAGUGUUCGGAAGACCGGGCAAAUCUGGCCACCUGCUGUCCACCAUGACCUUAUGCCGCAUGGCAGAACAUCCCACGAUAACAGUUACCAUCACGGAGACCAUCUAGAUGGUCAUUACACUGGCACUCCUCCAUCAUAUGGCUAUGAUGCUGACCGGGCAGAGGAGCAGAGGAGGCACCACGACAUUCUGCCCUACAUCGAUGACUCGCCGUCAUCUUCGCCACACCUCAGCUCCAAGAGCCGCAGCAGUCGGGACACCCUCUCAUCUGGAUCUUUGGAGUCCUCCAAGUCGACUGAAUGUGAUCUGGAAAAGGGUUUGGAGAUGAGGAAGUGGGUCCUGUCUGGGAUUUUAGCCACAGAGGAAACAUACCUCAGUCACCUGGAGGCACUGCUGCUGCCGAUGAAGCCUCUGAAAGCCGCAGCUACAACAUCACAGCCCGUGCUGACUGUGGCCCAAAUAGAAACCAUCUUCUUCAAAGUGCCUGAGCUCUACGAGAUCCACAGGGAGUUUUAUGAUGGACUUUUGCCUCGCGUCCAGCAGUGGAGCCACCACCAGAGAGUCGGGGACCUCUUCCAGAAACUGGCCAGCCAGUUGGGAGUUUACCGAGCAUUUGUGGACAACUACGAGCUGGCUGUGGAGACGGCGGAGAAGUGCUGCCAGGCAAAUACACAGUUUGCUGAAAUCUCUGAGAACCUGAAGGUGAGGAGCCCCAAGGAUUCGAAGGACCAGACGGCCAAGAACUCUCUAGAGGCUUUGCUGUAUAAACCAGUGGACAGAGUGACUCGUAGCACAUUGGUACUCCAUGACUUACUCAAACACACGCCCAGCAGUCACCCAGACCACCCACUUCUGCAGGACGCCUUACGAAUUUCCCAGAACUUCUUGUCCAGCAUCAACGAGGAGUCGACGCCAAGGCGGCAGUCUAUGACCAUCAAGAAGGGAGAGAACCGGCAGCUUCUCAAGGACAGUUUCAUGGUGGAGUUAGUGGAAGGAGCGAGGAAGCUGCGGCACGUCUUCCUCUUCAGCGAUCUGCUGCUCUGUGCCAAGCUGAAAAAACAGAUUGGAGGCAAAAACCAGCAGUAUGACAGUAAGUGGUACAUCCCCCUGACUGAGCUGACCUUCCAGGGCCCCGAGGAGGCCGAGCCCCUUACCAUCCCCCAGGUCCCAGAUGAAGAGCUCGAUGCAAUGAAGGUCAAGAUCUCGCAUCUACGCAGUGAGCUCCAGAGAGAAAAGAGGGCUAACAAGGGUUCAAAAGUCAUCGACCGUCUCAGGAAGAAGUUGUCAGAACAAGAGUCUCUGCUCCUGUUAACGUCCCCGAGCAUGCCACUCAGACUCUAUAACAAGAACGGAAAGAGUUACAGUUUCUUGAUUUCCUCAGACUACGAGCGAGCUGAGUGGAGGGAGAUACUGAAGGAACAGCAGAAGAAAUGUUUAAAAACUUCCUCCUUGAGCUCCAUGGAGCUACAAAUGUUGACGAGCUCGUGUCUCAAACUGCAGACGGUCCAUCACAUCCCACUCAGCAUCAAUACAGAAGAGGAUGAAUCCCCCGGUCUCUGCGGGUUCCUGAAUGUAAUCGUCCACUCUGCCUCCGGCCUCAAACAGAGCUUGAAUCUCUACUGCACAUUGGAGGUUGACUCCUUCGGCAUCUUCUCAAAUAAAGCUAAGACGAGAGUAUAUCGAUACACAACUGAACCCAAAUGGAAUGAGGAGUUUGAAAUUGAGCUGGAGGGCUCUCAGACCCUGAGGCUGCUCUGCUAUGAGAAGUGUUACAACAAGACCAAGCAGAACAAAGAGGAUGGAGAGAGCACGGACCGCAUCAUGGGGAAAGGACAGAUCCCGCUUGACCCUCAGGCUCUUGAAGGCAAAGACUGGCAGAGAACAGUAAUUCCAAUGAACGGGAUUGAGGUUAAGCUCUCCAUAAAGUUCACCACCCGAGAGUUCAGUCUGAAGAGGAUGCCCUCACGGAAGCCCAUGGGUGUGUUUGGAAUCAAGAUCUCAACGGUGACCAAGCGAGAGCGCUCCAAGGUGCCCUACAUUGUCCGGCAGUGCCUCGAAGAAAUAGAGAGGAGGGGGAUGGAGGAGGUGGGCAUCUAUCGAGUAUCAGGGGUGGCCACUGACAUUCAGGCUUUGAAGACUGCCUUUGAUACCAACAAUAAAGAUGUGUCAGUGAUGAUGAGUGAGAUGGACGUGAAUGCCAUCGCUGGGACCUUGAAGCUGUACUUCAGAGAGCUGCCAGAACCGCUCUUCACUGAUGAGCUCUACCCUAAUUUUGCAGGCGGCAUCACUCUGUCUGAUAGUGUUGCCAAAGAGAGCUGUAUGCUGAACUUACUGCUGUCGCUGCCAGAACCCAACCUGGUCACAUUCCUUUUCCUUUUGGAUCACUUGAAGAGGGUGGCAGAGAAGGAAAGUGUCAACAAGAUGUCUCUCCACAACCUGGCGACCGUGUUUGGGCCGACUCUGCUGAGGCCUUCUGAGAAGGACAGCAAGAUCCCCGCUAACCCUACCCAGCCCAUCAGUAUGGGGGACAGCUGGUCUCUGGAGGUUAUGGCACAGGUCCAGGUGUUGUUGUAUUUUCUUCAACUGGAGACGAUCCCCACUCCAGACAGUAAAAGACAGAGCAUCCUCUUCUCCACCGAAGUAUAGAGCAAACACUGACUCUGCUGACUUUAAACAUAAAGGAGUGAAAAAGAGAAAAACCCGUGGCUCAAAGUGAGCCUGUAUUAGUAGGUUUUUGUAUUGACUUAUCUGAUAGAGUCAGGCUUCUGCAGCUGGAAAGGAUUGUGUCUGGCGAUUCCUGCUCCCUUUAAACAGGAGAGGGCGCCAUUGGGCCUCUGAAGCGUGAAAGAAGUGAGGUCCUCACAGUUUAUGUCUGUCGUUAUUGGCCAUCUGCGCUUCUCCUCUGUUUUCUUUGUUUAUCUAGAGUUGAACUUUUAAAUCAUCUAGUUUAAAAAUUUUCAACAUUAGCUGGUAAAAGAACAAACUUUUAAGAUUCUUGAACUAAAAAAAUCAAAGUUCUAUGUCACUUUUGUUGGAGAUUUUGCUCCAUCUUAAUUUAUUUUGGACAAUCUUUCAACAUAGUUAUCCAUCUCAAACUUCAUGUCCUGCUGAGGAAAAUUCAGACACAUUUUAUCAAUGAAGACUAGGAGACUUUAUGGCAUUAGAUGGAGUUAAAGACAAGCAUCCAGAGCUGCCACAACACUGGCUUUUUGUUUGUGAAAAGCCAUCACUUGUAUGUUUAAGUGUUUACAACGUAAACAAACCCUGGUCAGAGUCAGAGACGAAGCUUGAAAAAGGACGGUGAGAAAAAAAGGAACCUGACCAUGAAAGCAAAACUCCUCCGUUUGUGUUGUUUGUGUCUAAGUUAGUCUCCAGCUUAAAUGUCCAGGAAGCAAUAUAUUUUCUAACAUAGGAGUUGUCUGUGUUCAUAUCUUUGCUGACGAAAUGUCCUUAUUGUAACGUAGGACAUCUUGCCAAAAUUAAUGUUAUUUGUUUGUUUCUAGGAGCAAAGGAAGCAGUUGUAUUUACAUAUACAUUAUGUACAUAAUCUUAAAGUUGUAUUUUUUUCUUUAAGUUUAACAGUAUAAUCAUUGAUGCUAUUAUUGUAAUUUAUUUUCGGGGGCCUUUCGGGGGGAGGAAUCUGUUUGUUUUUCUAUGUGUUUGAUUAAGAAAGUGGUAGAUCUUAGCCUUGACUUCAAGUCUUGCAGUAAAUAAGCAGGAUUUAGCCUUGUUCUUACAGAAACUACUCAGCUGUACUGUCCAGCCUAUCAAUAAUUCAUUCAGAUAUCACUAAGAUCACACAUAUUGUAGUUACAGACUCUAUGCUGCUGUGGAAAAAGGCACAAGCUCUUUAACUGCUGGGUGUUCCUCAGUAUAACGUCUCACAUCCAGAGACCACCGGCUGUCUAGAGUAGACAUUAUGCAAGGUCAUGAUACAUCAUACUCUCACUGAAACACGCGCAUGACGUAGUCUCUUUUAUGCCAUUUAAUUUGUGGCUGCAGAAUCACACAAUGUUAGAACUACUGUAUUACUAUUCAAGUGACAUGAGCACUAAAUGUAAAGAGCAUAUCUGUUGGAUUUUAUGAAGGAAUUGUCCUUUUUUCAUCCCCUCCUGAUACUUAUUUUUUAUUUAUCAUAUUUCUAGAAAUUUCCUCAUAAUCCUUUAAAGUACCCAACCUAAUGGUCAGUUUAAAGCUCCUGUGUGGACUUUUUUAGUUGGCUAUGAAACAGACUGACACCUCUUUAGGAGCUAUUUGUAUGUAGUUAUUUUAAUGCCUGAAAUUGAAGCUGAUGUGGGGUAGGUGUCAAAGUGUUUAACAACCUUUAUUUACAUUUUUUCCCCAGCAAAGCAGAAAUUGUUUUUCUUUUAAAUAUUUUAAAAUCAGCAUCCACUUUGACGACAGGGGGCUCCAAAGUCAACACAAAAAAAAUCCUCACAGGAGCUUUAAAGCUAGCUCUUACGAUGUUUUGUCAAUAUUUAAACAGCACAAUUAUUUUUUUUCUAUAUCUGUAUCUUUGAGUUAACAUGCAGGCAUGUUUUUUUUAUUGUUUCUUUUUUUUGUUGCUGUUUACUUUUUGAAUUCAUGGCAUUUUUGGACCAAUUACAAGACAAGUUAGCUUGUUGGUAACUCCAUCUCAAAACAAAAGAUGCCUAUUAGCAUAUUAAAACAUACUUCACUUUACAAAUUCAUCACCAAAAGCAGGAUUUUAGUUAUGAUCACUUAACUGACAGAGGAAGGCAAAAGAAUAGACUAAGUACAGCUUGUAAGCCCUGUUUUAAUGUUAAUUAAGGUAUCCAACUUAUGUUUUAACAUACACCUUAUUGAUAGAGUGCAUUAACAGGGAUUAAUAUCCGAUUUGGGCAUUUGUAUACCAGGUGGUAAUCCUCAAUGGUUUGUGUGGACGCACCUUAAUGCAUACUGAAAAUAGUUUGAUAUUCAGUAGCUCAGGCUGCCUAUAGCCUGAGCUACCGGCCAACAGCUGCCUUUAUCUGAUGGCUCCUGUCGGUUGCAACCAGCUCAUCCGCAAAACACCAUGACUCCCUUGUAAACUGUCAUCUUGAAUUGAGUUGACAUUUCAAUCUAACUUGUACUCCACAACUUUAUUUACAAAACAGUGCAUAACUGUGUAUGACAACAUGAGGAAGAAAAGUAGCUAAAGAGGCAUCACUAGCCUCUUAGCUCAUGGCCAAUUCACCCCCACUUAUUUGUAUUACCAGUGGCUUUACCGUACACAGCAUGUAGGCACAGACUAAAUGAAAUCACUUGCUAUCUGAAUGCCCAAAACACAUCCAAACAGGCCGUUAGACUCAGAAUUUGUGAACUUGUCCUCUCGGUUAUUUCAUUAUCAUGACUGAUAUCCUAUAAGUUAGGCAUCAAACAAUUACCGUCAACCCGUUCAGUGGAUCUAUAAGGGCUUGCGUGGUUUCAUCCAUGUUUAUAAUAUCCUAAAGGGGCUGUAAUUCAUAUCAAAAAGUGAAGCUUUGACUACAAAAUGGCUUUAAACUUUAAAAGCAAGAGGAGGCUUCAGUUAGGAUACAUAUCAACUCUCUAAAUGUCAACACAUUUUUCACAUUCUAAUACAGAAACAAACCCCGUAACAGUACCAACCCCAGGAAUUACAAUGUUAUUCUAAGCCUGAAGCCCCAGUACAGUUAUGUGCGCCUCUAUUUCACUACCACUGUGUAUUUCAAUACUUCUGGUUUCAAUGGGUAGCAUGCUCACAUUUUUUUCAUUGCACAGACAGAGAAUUCAUUCAUUCGUCACAUUUAAAAAUCCUGAUUGCCUACACUUCUCUACCCUACUGUGCCUCAACACUCUUUUGUUUUGCGCCUCUUAACGUUGUUCGGCCUCCUGUUGCCUUUGCUGAGAACAGCCACACAUUUUUCAUCUCUUAAAGUCUAAGACAGGACCUUAAACUUAAGCACGGUCUUAGCUCAUACUGUAUUUUUCAUGCCACCAUCAUCUGACUGUGAUGCUGUGUUUAAACCGUGUCAAAGUGAGUCUUAAUUACGGCACAAUGUCCAUACGCAUGUCCUCAGUUUAGCUCUUAAAUGUCAUCUCUUUUAAUGCCUUUGAUUCCUACUUAUUGUACUUGUUCCCAGUUUUGGUGUUGGAAGGUCUUCUAGGUCUAUUUGAUUACAACAUAAUGUCACUGAAAGCUUAAUUCAUGUUUAAAAAUAUCUUCUAUGGUUGCUUUCCUAGGGGAGAUAGAGGUCCUAGAGAAACAUCAACUCUGAAAAUGAAAAAAAAUAGUUUCUGUUCUUUAGCAGGGUAAUUAUUUCCUGUUAAACUAACAUAUGAGGUUUGUGUGCUCUUAAGAAAGUUUAAUGUGGUCACAAACAAGUUUUCAUGCACAUUUGAUAGUAUUAAACAUGCAGGGAAAAACCUCUUAAAGUCUUUUGAGGUUUCUCUGUAACAAGGUAGUUUCUGGUAUGCACAAGAUGGUUCAUGGGCACCUGAAACCUACGAUUUUUUCUGCCCCUUUCCUCCCAAGCAAGGAGGCCCUAAGAGGACAUUCAUCUGCAAAGAUUACUCUUCUCCAUCUACCCUCAGAAAAUAAGUGUUCUUCUGUUGUUUUCUCAAGAUUAUUUCUGUUGUAAUCUCAAGAUCUCAGUGCUUGUUUUCCUGUAAUAACUAGCUAAUUUCUUUGAAAUCUUGAAAAAAGUGACUGAAAUAACUUACCGCAGAAAAACCAUUCUUGGUAUUACAAGAUAAGGAGAUAAAUAUGUGGAGAUUUUAAGAAAAAAACAAAUAAGUGCAGACUAUAAUACCAAAAAAGUUGGGACAUUGUGUACAACAUGAAUAAAAACAGAAUACGACCUGUUCAACCCAUACGAAGUUGAAUACAGAACAAAGACAAAUAUUCAGUGUUCAAACUUAUUGCUUUUAAAUGUAUAUUCAUUCUGGAUUUGAUACCUGCAAUGUGUUCCAAAAAAGCUGGCACAAAAGCAUGUUUACCACUGUUACAUCACCUCUUAAAUUCCUCAACAAUUUGGGGUUCCUUAGUUGUAUUUCCAUGGCAGACAGGGCUGGACGACAUGUCAACCACUCUAGUACCUGCGCUCUAUCACUGUAAUUCCAAGCAGUUGUGCAGAAUGUGGCUUGGCAUUUUUCUGCUAAAAAAAGACGUUAUGAAUGGAAGCAUGUUGCUCCUAAACCUCCGUCACAGAUGUACAGCUGACCCAUGACAUGGGCACUAAUACAACCCCCACACUUUCAAAGUUGCUAGUUUGUGAGCAUGGAGUUGAUAACAGUCUGGAUAGUCCUUUCCUCGUCAGGACACUGAACAGCCAGUGUUUCCCAAACUAUUUGAAAUUUGGACUCAUCAGAUGAUGGCACACUUUUCCACUUUAGGUCAGUCCAUCUGGGACGAGCUUUAUCCCAGAGAAGUUGACACAUUUGUAGAUGCAGUGAAAUACUUUAACUUACUUUUUUUUAAGUGUUCCUUGGCCAACGCUGUAAAAUCCAUCACAGAAUGAUGACAUUUUUUGAUGCAGGGCCACCUAAGGGAUUGAGGCUCAUGCACAUUCAGUGUUGGUUUUUGGCCUUGCCCCUUACAUGCAGAGAUUUCUCCUGAUUCUCUGAAUCUUUGUAAUGAUAAUCUGGACUGUAGGUGGGGGAAUCUAUCAAUUCCUUGCAAUUGCAGGUUUAGGAACACUGUUUAUAAACUGUUGGACUUUUUGUCCAAGCAGCCUUUAACAAAGUGGUGAACCUCACACUAUUGUUGACAGAGAGACUGAGCCUGUCAGGAACGUUCCUUUUAUACCAAUUAUGGCACACCACUUUCCUAUCGUUCAUGCCCCUGCCCAAACAUGUUGCAAACUAUUCAAAAUGUGUUUAUUAAAAAAAAAUACAACAACAAAAAACUGUAAAGUUUAUCAUUUUGAAAAUUGAAUAUUUUGUCUUUGUGCUGUGUUUAACUGAAUAUAGGUUGAAAAUGAUUUUCAGAUCAAUUUUUUGUUUUUAUUCACAUUUUUUAAAAUGUCCCAACUUUUUGGGAAAUUGGGGUUUGUGCUUGAUUUUACAGGAAGACUGACUUUAUUAAAUGUAUCCACGCAUGUCCACUAAGGGCUUCUGUGCUUUCUGCAGGAAGACGUCUUAUUAUCACUUUGUUUGUCUCUUCUGUCCUGAUAGCUGAUGUGCACAACUACAACAUCUAUCAACCUCUUACUACUACUUCAUCUCUGUAGUCGUGUUGUAAACAGACUGGCCACUGUGAUUGUUCAGAAAUCAAUAGAAGGAGCAGGAACUUGUCCGUUCUCAGAGUUCACAUAACUCAACUGUCUGUUUGUCCAUGGAGUUGUAUAAUAUGUAUUAUACUAGAGAGUACAUUAUUUGGUUCCUGUUUAAUUUAUUUAAUGUGGCGUUAAGGAUCGAGUCAGUGCGCCUCUAGUCUCUUAAGCCGAGCUGUCAGUUUGUGGUAGAGGAGAAAAAAAGUCUUAUAUUUGCUCUGAAAUUGGCAUCGUUUUUGAUCUGUUAACUGUCAGUGUAACUGCAUGUAACCUCUAUCACAGUAAAACACAGAACCUCAGUCCCUUUGGUGAAAUUAAACAAAAGAUAUGAAACAUGUUGCUCUUUGACAGUUGCAAAUUUCUUCCGUUUAAGGUAACUGGUGAUUCAUAUAUCCAUCUUAUACUUUCAAAGGACCCUCUGCUGCCACUUUUCCGACACCAAGCUGACUUUUAAAGACUACUUUAACUUUGGGAAUAUGCUACUUUGGUUUUACAUCUAAUGUAAAGCUGAGGGUGAGACUUGAUGACCUACCACAAACACUUUCUCUUUGUACCUCCCUCAGUUUUUGGACUCUUGUUCAAUAUUCAAUGUUCUGCCUGUAGAACUGUACAAAUGAAUACUGAAUAUCGAGGGAAAACAUGUUUGGAAGGCAUUUGCAGCCUGUGUUUGUACACAACAAUGUUCAA